AUUCAAUACAGUAUUGCAAUGCAAUCAUUGGAUUUCAUUGAAAAGCAUGUGUUUUUCUGAACUCUGUUUUCCAAUGAAAAGCUAAUUUACAGUGAAUUUAAUGUUUGAAAACUUUGUGAAUGACUUCUUCGCCCGAUUAUAGCCAUCCAUUGGACUUCGAGACACGCAAAGAGCGCACGACAUCCCGGAGCCGAUCCAGAGGUGAGACCAUCGCGAGGGUUGGCGUCGCUGUCUUCGGUGGAGUUGGCGUCGGAUUACUGGCCAUUAGUUUGCCGUUUGUUUGGCCGGCUUUGAGACGACAAGUGUUGCCGUAUAUUCCGGCCACGACUUCUCAGGUGCAGAACGUGCUGACACUCGUGCAGAGGUCGCGGCCCAAGACUGUCAUCGACUUAGGCAGUGGUGACGGACGACUCGUGAUUGAAUGCGCGAAGAUUGGCGUCCAAUCGUAUGGCGUUGAACUGAAUCCCUGGCUUGUCUUAUACUCGAGGAUCAGAUCCCGACUGUUAGGCACUAAUCGAUUGACACGUUUUGAUUGUAAAAAUUUAUGGAAGAUAAAUGCAUCAAAUUAUGAGAAUAUCAUUAUAUUUGGUGUCGAAGAUAUGAUGAGUUCUCUCGAGAAUAAAAUCCAAAACGAUUGCAAUAAAAGUGGAAAUUCAGUGAAAGUGAUCGCCUGUCGGUUCCCAUUACCCAAUUGGCAACCAUUAGAAUCUGUUGGCACCGGUAUUGACACGGUUUGGCUCUACCGAUACCCGACCUCAACCCACCCCAACCGAUACCCCUUUGCAAUGUAAGUCAUUCUAGUCCUCACGUACUGUCAAUGUAUUCGUGACACAACUCAAGCAAUAAAAUGCAUUUUC